AUGCAGGACUUCCCUUGGAGGAACCACAGCUCUGUAUCUGAGUUCAUCCUUCUGGGUUUUUCCAGGGAUUCCCAAAUUAAUGCAAUCCUCUUCAACAUUUUCUUCUUCCUCUACCUCUCUACACUUGUGGGCAAUGGGCUCAUUGUCACCUUGAUCCACAUGGACCCCCGCCUCCAAACACCCAUGUACUUCUUCCUCAGUGUCCUUUCUAUGCUGGAUAUGAGCUACGUCACCACCACUGUGCCCCAGAUGCUAGUGCAUCUAGUCUCCCAGAAGAAAACCAUCUCCUUUGUUGGGUGUGUGGCCCAGAUGUACACCUUUCUGGUUUUGGGCAUUACUGAGGGCUGGCUAUUCUCUGUCAUGGCCUAUGAUAGGUAUGUGGCCAUUUGCCAUCCACUCAAGUACAAGGUUAUUAUGAGCCCAUGGCUGUGUGGGGCAAUGGUAGGCUUUUGUGGACUGUGGGGUGUCAGCUGUUCCCUAGUCUACACUGUAUUCACCAUGCGUCUGCCCUACUGUGGCCCCAAUGAGAUCAACCACUUCUUCUGUGAGGUCCCUGCUGUCCUAAAGCUGGCUUGUGCAGAUACAUCCCUCAAUGAUCAAGUUGAUUUUAUCCUGGGCUUCAUCCUUCUCCUGGUACCUCUUUUCUUCAUUCUGGCCUCUUAUGUCCGCAUCUUUGCUACCAUCUUGAGGAUCCGCUCAGCCCAGGGUCAACUCAAGGCCUUCUCCACCUGUGCAUCCCACAUCACUGUGGUCACCAUGUUCUGUGGACCUGCCAUGUUUAUGUACAUGAACCCUGGGGCCAAUGCCUCUCCAGAGAGAGAUAAGAAACUGGCCCUGUUCUACAAUGUCAUCUCUGCCUUCCUCAACCCUAUAAUCUAUAGCCUCAGAAACAAAGAUGUGAAGAGGGCUUUCCUCAAAGUAAUAGGCAGAUGUAGGGCCCCUUGGUGA